AUGGGGUUUAUGGAUAGUUUAGAAGGAGAGUGGUUGCCGCCGAUAUCGUCAAAGUCCUGCCGAUCGAUUGAAAGACCGCCGUUCUCCGUGCUCAACUGUGUUCUCUAUACUGCCGGAGUUAUGUCAGAUUUUCACCCUCGCCCGUGCUCAACUGUGUUUUCUGUACCGCAGUUCGUCGCUGUUUUCAACCGAAUUGUGUUAGUUCUGCAUUUUAUUGUGCUUGUGUUGAAAUUAAUUGGAAAAAUGUCAGGUGAUUUUGAGUUUUUACAGGUUCUGAUGUUCUGUGAGGGUGCUGUCGCGUAUGCGCCAUAUUGGGAUCACGCGUUAAGAUACUGGAAAGUGACCCUCGAAUCUCCGGACAAGAUAUUGUUCCUUAAGUAUAUGGAAAUUAAGAGGGACCCUAAAGUUAAUGUGAACAGGAGAAUGGCAUGGUUGAAGUCUUAA